AUAGCACAGCCCUGGAGCUCUUAUCCCUCUAACCUAAUCAAUUUCACCAUCAUCUGAAAUCCUUGGCAACUGGCAACUUUUCUUUUUCCACUUUCACUUUCUUCCGUCGAUGCCGACCAACCCGAAAGAAGGGCAUCUCUUAUCUUACAUCUUACAUACACACAGUACAACUUACAACUAACCUACUUCUUUAUUCUUUUUAUCAUCAAUACCAAUACGCGAUCGCAUCCCUUCGUUAAGCUGAUGAUUAUUAUAUUUGUAUCAUCACAUUAUCACCACUAGGCACUACAUACCUAGGUACCUACCUAGGUAGCACAUCACACCAACACCACACCAUACCACAUCAUACAGCCACAACCGUAUAAUUACCACACCGGCGCAACGAAGCUGAAAGCGCCAUCUUUCAAGCAUCUUUUCAGCUUCCCCUACCUACCCCUAUCACCUACAGCUACAUUUUUAUAUUCCUCCACCUCCGCGCCCGUCGCUACGCUUUAAGGGUGAAACCAUCAUGUCUGAAAGGAGAACCAGACGGCAGGCCGCGUUGGCAGCUGCAGCUACAGCUACAGCUACCGCAGACGAUACUCUUACCACACCCCAUAAAGAUGCGCCCACCUUAAACGGUGAUAGCAGCGACAUCGGCAAUGGCCAAGCUGUGAUGGCAUCGAAAUCUAAACCCAAGAACUCUCUUCCUGAGCCCGAGCACGAGAACAUAUUUGGCUUCUGGCCUAACAUUAUAGGUUACUUUCGCAUUGUCUUGGCCAUCGCGUCCCUUUACUACAUGCCCCUACACCCUCGAACCUGUUCCAUUCUCUAUAGCAUCUCAUGCCUUCUCGAUGCCCUUGAUGGCUAUGCAGCGCGCUACUUCGAACAGUCCACCAAAUUCGGCGCUGUUUUGGACAUGGUAACCGACCGAUGCACCACCUCCUGUCUACUCGUAUUUCUAUCCUCGGCCUUUCCACGAUGGGCCAUUAUCUUCCAGGGCUUGAUCUCUGUCGACUUCGCCAGCCAUUACAUGCAUAUGUAUGCGACAUUAACUAUGGCCGGGACGGAUACCAGCCACAAGAAUGUUGAUAAGUCUCGGAGUUGGCUAUUGAAUAUAUACUACACCAACAAGACCGUUCUCUUCUUGUGCUGUACCCUGAACGAACUUUUCUUCAUCGCCUUGUACCUUCUCUCAUUCUCCUCGCCGCUCUUAUCGCCGCAACUACUCGAACCCCUCGGCGAGUCCAAAGCUGCUGCUAUCCAAACUGGCGCGCAGGUUAACAGUUCGGUGCUCCACCAGCUAUUCACCAACCCUUACAGCGCUGGUGCCCUAGAGAUGGCUCGCGCAAACAAGAUGGACUCGACUUUCCCUUGGAUUCUUGCCGGGAUUAGUGCCCCUAUCAUGGCGCUUAAACAGUUCCUUAACGUUCUUCAACUAGUCAAGGCGAGCAGGUGGUUGGCAGAAGGUGACGUAAGGGCACGAAGAGAGGCCGGGCUACCGAGAAAGAAGGCCGAGAAGAGUGCCUAGAAAGCGGCACCACAUACAAAUCGGAUACGGGGCAUGGUGGAGUUUGGAAAGUUGGGGGCAUGACCAGAAAGAUGGUCGGGGCCAGGUCGAGUCUGGAGAUAUCGGAACUGAGGAGGGUUUUGGUCUGUACGAAAGAAGUAUUGUUUCAUCGAAUAAGCACUUAGGCCUUAGGUUUGGCCAGGAAGGUCCGUAAUUACACGGCUUGCAUGGGAUCGGGGCAUGGAAUGCAUAGAAAGGCGGUUUUUUGACUCUACAAAGUGUGUGGCCUUCUUUAUCUCCAAUAUGGAGCAGAGGGCCCAAGAACAGGGUCAAGUAAUGAACAUAUCAACAGAGAGAGCCUUGAAGGCUUCGGCUGCGUUUUUUGUACAUAUUGAUGUAAAUCCUAAUACGGGAGAGAUUUUUGUCAAAACUCACGCGUAUGGGUAGGUUACUGUACUUAGGUAUUAGGUACCAUGGUCUGGAAAGAAAUACAAAAAAAGCAUAAGAAAA